CCGGUUCUGACGCGGUGUGACAUCAGUUCCUGAGUGUCCUGAGUGGAGAUUGUUCUGAUUCACUACCAGUGGCAGAUCCCAGAAGGAACAUUUCAAUUUACAAGCAAAUUUCUAUUCAAGUGGAACAGACCCUUCCCCGCAUGCAUACUUCAUAUUGCAGUGAAUUAUGAAAAUAUGUUCAUUCAAUGAAAGAACUGAUCAACUGCUCCCAUCCACACCUUGACCUUUCCAUCGUGCUGAAUAGGACCAUGUGUCCUCCACAACGUGAAAAGGAAUCGACUGGUAGAGACUAGAACUCAAACACUAUAUGAACUCACUUGAAAUUAGGUUUUGUAACGGUGUGUCACAUAAUGUUUGUUUCGUUUUGCAUGUUUUGAACUGCAUAAAGACAUAAAUAAUUCUAAUCAUUUUACCAUAAAACGAAUGUCUCACACCCUUCACACACCAAAAUGAAGCUUGUUGUGAAAAUCUUGAGUCAAGUUAGAAAACACAGAGAGGAAAAAUAAUGACGUCAACAAGGUCAGUCCCAAAAUCCACAGAUCUACAGCCCGGCCCCCUCUGUUCUUUGCUUUAGAUGAGUCAAAAGCUGUCACAAAUAAAACCCCUCAAACUGCACACAUGACUACAGCGGCUCCAGAGUUUGGCAGCUCAUUUGUCGCCAUGACUUCACAGCAGCCUGGAAUAAAACCUGCUUUGUGCACAGAUGGAUCAGAUAAGGCAAGCCUCAAACCAAGAGCUCCAAACCAGGCAGUCGAAGCUGAAGGCCCAGAUGGAGGUUGGGGCUGGGUGAUGGUCGUCGCACUCUUUAUAAACAACAGCCUGGUUUUCGGAGUGUUGCGUGGUUUAGGAAUCUUCUUCAUCGAAUUUGAACACUAUUUCGAUGCAAGUACUCAGUCCGUUUCCUGGAUCUCAUCAACAGCCAUCGCAUUCCAGCAUUUCAUCAGUCUUCCAGCUUCAGCACUGGCUAAAGCGUAUGACCCUCGAAUUGUGGUGAUGACAGGAGGAUUCCUGGCCGGAUUUGGUUUCAUACUCGCCUCACAGGCGACCUGCUUUGUUCAUCUUUUCAUCAGUUUGGGUGUCGUUUCAGGGUUUGGCUGGGGUCUCACCUUCUCGCCGUUGUUGGGCAUCGUCCUGGCAAGCUUCACUCGACGGCGUAAUCUGGCAGUAGGAGUGGCCAUGAUGAGCAUUGGCCUGUCCUCUCUGGUUUUAAACCCAUUUUUCCAGCUGCUUGUGGAUAUCUAUACUUGGCGAGGAUCACUUCUCAUAAUUGGGGCGAUGUGUCUUAAUAUUGUGCCCUGUGGGGCGCUGGUCCGCCGACCAGUCAACAUGGACGAACCUGAGAAGGAGGACACCAAGGAUGCGUCGUUCACCAUCUUGCUGCGCAGAGUUCUGUCAAACCUGGAGAUCACUCUUUUCCUAACAAGACCCUACCUGACCUUCGCACUGGCCAGCAUCUUGAUUACAGUCGGCUACUAUGUCCCUCUACUGCACCUGGUGCCUCACCUCCAGCAGUCUGGGUUCACCGACUUCCAGGCUGCCUUUGCUAUGUCAGCAGUCUGCGGAAGCGAUGUUGUCGGUCGACUGGUGUCGGGCUGGUUCUCCGACCUGAAGCGCUUUCGCCUGAUCCAUUUGUUCUUUUUCUGGGGAGUUCUGUACGGAGGUCUGAUGGUGGGGUUCCCCCUGACCACCACCUUUGGAAGCUACCCGGCAGUCAUCGGGUUGAGCAUCGUCUAUGGCUUCACAGCGGCGGCGGCGGACUCCUUACUGUUAGUCUGUGUCUCACACAUUGUCAGUGAGAAGCAGAUCUUGGGAGCAGUGGGACUUCUUGAGUGUAUGGUGGGCAUCGGAGGACUUCUGGGCUCACCGAUCGCAGGGCUGCUCAAGGACAGCACGGAAGACUACACAGUCUCAUUCAUCGUGUCAGGAGCCUUCACCCAUCUAGGCAUUCUGACCAUCACCACACUUCCUCACUUCUUCUCCUGCUCUGACCCUACUCCUAUGAAAGAACUGGCCAAUGAGGACGACGGGGAAGACCUUCAUACAGUGAAAGACGAGCACAAACAUUAGACCGCCUCAAUAAAGGAGCCAACGUUGGGGUAGAAUUUGGGCAGAACGUUUUGACUGACCACUGACACUGAUGAAUAUAUCUUUAACUUAAGUAAUUGUAAUGAACACUGUGCAAGAACUGAUUCAAAGCUUUACACAAAAAUAUGCACAGGGUUCAGCAAACUAUGACACAUUUAUGAUAUGUACACGUUCUCUGAUGUAUCUUUAAAUAUUGGCUGUGCGUAGCGCGUGUUUAUGUAUAAAUAUGUUUUUGCACAGGUGGAAACACUGUACUAUACACAAUCGCACACUUGUAUGUAAACAUCCAUGACGACACGAUUGUGUA